UUUCCUGUUGGAAAUUUCCAAUUGGCAAUAAUACUCAUAGCAACGGGUGCAUAAACAAAUGCAAAUAAAAGUCUUAAUCAUUGAAAUCAAUUAAGUGCAAACACCGAAAAAUUUGCUAUUUGUUGUAAGAAAGCGAUUCAGAGUGCGAAAAUGCCGCAGGAGCAGCCAACGGCGACAGCGUCGCAGCAGCUCGAUGACGAAAUCGAAAAUGUUCGUGUUGUUGUGCGCUCCAGACCAAUGGACAAGAAUGAGAUGUCCACAGGAGCACUGAGCGCCAUCCAGGUGGAUAAGAUCAAUCGGGCCAUUACCGUGAUGAAACCAAAUGCCACCGCUAAUGAACCGCCCAAAACGUAUUAUUUUGAUAAUGUCUUUGACGGAGGCUCCAAUCAACUAGAUUUAUAUGUGGACACUGCCCGACCCAUUGUGGACAAGGUGCUGGAGGGUUACAAUGGCACCAUAUUGGCAUACGGUCAGACGGGCACCGGAAAGACGUACACCAUGUCCGGUAAUCCGGAUUCGCCACAGACAAAGGGAAUCAUUCCCAAUGCCUUUGCCCACAUCUUUGGACACAUUGCCAAGGCGCGGGAGAAUCAAAAGUUCUUGGUGAGGGUCAGUUACAUGGAGAUCUACAACGAGGAGGUGCGUGAUCUGCUGGGCAAGGAUGUGAGCAAGAGUUUGGAGGUAAAGGAACGUCCAGAUAUUGGUGUCUUUGUCAAGGAUCUCAGUGGGUAUGUGGUACACAAUGCGGAUGAUCUGGAGAAUAUCAUGCGACUGGGCAAUAAGAAUCGUGCUGUUGGCGCCACCAAGAUGAAUGAGGAAUCCUCUCGUUCCCAUGCCAUCUUCUCCAUCACCGUGGAGAGCAGUGAACUGGGAGAGGGAGGAGUACAGCAUGUGCGUAUGGGAAAGCUGCAGCUGGUGGAUUUGGCCGGCUCCGAGCGUCAGUCCAAGACACAGGCGAGUGGCCAGCGACUGAAGGAGGCCACCAAGAUCAAUCUGUCGCUGUCGGUGCUGGGAAAUGUGAUUAGUGCAUUGGUGGAUGGCAAGAGCACACACAUUCCCUAUCGCAACUCCAAGCUGACACGCCUGCUGCAGGACUCACUGGGCGGCAACUCCAAGACGGUCAUGUGUGCCACCAUUAGUCCGGCGGAUUGCAAUUACAUGGAAACAAUUUCAACGCUGCGAUAUGCGAGCCGCGCCAAGAACAUACAGAAUCGUAUGCACAUUAAUGAGGAGCCGAAGGAUGCACUACUUCGUCAUUUCCAGGAGGAGAUUGCGCGGCUGCGCAAGCAGCUGGAGGAGGGCAGCUUUGAGGAGGAGCUGCAACUGAGUGGCGAGGGAGAUGAAGACGAGGAGGAGGAAGAUACUUGUGAUGAUGAGCUGGAGACACCACUGGACAAUGAGCUAGAAUCUGCUACACCAGCCGCAGUCAGUCCCAACGGCAAGAAGCUGAAGAAGAAGCGCGAGAAAACGGAUGAGGAGAAGGAGGAGCUGGCCAUGAAAAAGAAUGAGCAUCUUCGUGAGAUUGAGCAUGCCAAGUCGGAACAGGAGCAGCUGCGUAACAAGCUCGUGUCCCUAGAGGGCAAGAUUCUCGUGGGCGGUGAGAAUCUGCUGGAGAAAGCGCAAACGCAGGAGAAACUGCUCGAGCAGUCAAUUGCGGAGCUGGAGGAACGUGAGAAAACCGAGGAGGUAUUGCGUCAAACGCUGCAGCAAAAGGCAACCGAACGCAUUGACAUCGAGGAGCGUUAUUCCACACUACAGGAUGCCAGCACCGGAAUCACCAAGAAGAUCCAUCGGGUCAUGCAAAUGCUGAUGGGCGUCAAGUCGGAGCUGGCCGAUCAGCAGCAGGAGCAUCAGCGGGAAAAGGAGGGCAUCUACGAGAACAUACGCAGCCUGUCCCGAGAACUAGCGCUCUGUGAACUGGUGCUCAACUCCUAUGUGCCCAAGGAGUACCAGUCGAUGAUCAACCAGUAUACGCACUGGAACGAGGACAUUGGCGAGUGGCAACUCAAAUGCGUUGCCUACACCGGCAACAACAUGCGCAAGCACAUCGAGCACAAGACCGGCGGAAAGGAGCCCGACUUUGUGGAUCUCUCGCAUGUCUAUCUCAGUUAUAAUACGGACAACGUCGCCAAUCCUAUGCGAACCAAGUCGGCACGUCCACGCACCUCGGGCGUACCGCGUCCCACAACAGCGAGGCGAUAUUGAAGCAGUCAAUCUCUAGUCCCAGAGACAGCACCAGUAUCUGAAUCUGAAAAUGUAUCUGAAUCAGUAUCUGUAUCUGAAAAUGUAUCUGCAUCCGAAUCUGUAUCUGUCCGCUCUCUGGUCCUUGGACUGCGUGCACAGUUUUGGUUUCUAUUGUUUCUGCUCUUGCUUUUCUAUCUCUUGAAAUACUUUUGCUCAGUGACUUUUAGUUUUUGACUUAAUUUGUUGUUAAUUUAUUUAAUAGGUGUCUGCAAUAGUUAUGUGUAAUACUUUUAGGUUGAACAAUGGUGCAAUACGUUUAAUUUAAUUUUUAAUACUAAUUUAUUGUAUCUCACUAAGCAUAAUAAUUUUUACAAUUAGAUGCAAGUUGCUUAAGGUAUAUUAUAAUGUGCUUUUUGCUUUUAAAAUCAAUAUAAUUAAUACUCAAGAUUUAGCAA